AUGGCACAAGUUGCAAAGGAUUGCACAAAUCAAGACUCGAAAGGAUGUCCAAGAAUGAAAGUUGUUGUGGCUUCACUUAUGAAACUAAAUUCUACCAUUGAAGAUGAAACUAUGAUGCAAUACAGUCGCUUUAACUCCGUUGAAUCUAGGUACACCGUCCGAUCCUUUGGUUAUAGAAGGAAUGAAAAGAUGGCAUGUUAUGUCACUGUUAGCGGCGACAAGGCAAUGCAGCUUUUAGAAAGCGGGUUGAAAGUCAAAGAAUAUGAGUUGUUGAGGAGAAAUUCAACGAUAUUGGAUGUUUUGGCUUUGGAUCCGUCCACUGACAUUCAAGGAAUGGAUUUCUUUGUGGUGUUGGAGCGCCCUGGUUACUGUGUUGGACGUCGUCGCCGGUGCAAGGCACAUGUUGGAUUUCAGUAUCGUGUCACAGAGGAUGAUGCCAUGAAGUGGUGCUGUAGUGGUGUUUUAUGUCUAUAG